AUGGAUAUUAAUGCAGUUAAAUUUAACGAUAGGUACGUGGAUGGUCUAGGAAAUAGCUUUUCUUUAGAGCCCGAAGAGAUGACAUUGGAAUGUGAGAUGACUUCUUUAGGGGAUUGUUUCGAUUUUAGUGAAUUCAAAAGAAUUAAGGAUUCAGCUCUGAGCACCGAAAUUGCGAAUAAUGGAUCAGAAAUGGAAAUGAAUGACGAGGACUAUGAAAUGGAUGAUAUCGAUGCAGCAAAUAUUAAACAUGUAGGACUCAAGAGAGGUCCAUAUAACUAUUAUUCUGAUGCAGUUAGAGAAAGGUUCUGGAACUUGGUUAUUGAACAAGGGUGCUCGGUUUAUCGGGCUGCGAAAUUGAAUGACAUCUGUUUGCAAACCGCCUAUACAUGGAAAAGAAAU